CGUGCGCAGUGGAAGCAGGAAGUAGGACCAAAACAAAGGAGCGGCGGCCGGGAGCGGACCCACCUCUCCUUGUCUCGCUUCCGCGCACGCCCGGGCCCCGGCCGCCGACCCCGAGGCGGCGUCCCACCAUGUCUAACAUGGAGAAGCACCUGUUCAACCUGAAGUUCGCGGCCAAAGAAUUGAGCAGGAGUGCCAAGAAAUGCGAUAAGGAGGAAAAGGCCGAAAAGGCCAAAAUCAAAAAGGCCAUUCAGAAGGGCAACAUGGAAGUGGCCAGAAUACACGCCGAGAACGCCAUCCGCCAGAAGAACCAGGCGGUGAACUUCCUGCGCAUGAGUGCGCGCGUGGACGCGGUGGCCGCGCGGGUGCAGACGGCCGUGACCAUGGGCAAGGUGACCAAGUCGAUGGCCGGCGUGGUCAAGUCGAUGGACGCGACGCUCAAGACCAUGAACCUGGAGAAGAUCUCCGCGCUGAUGGACAAGUUCGAGCACCAGUUCGAGACGCUGGACGUGCAGACGCAGCAAAUGGAGGACACGAUGAGCAGCACGACGACGCUGACCACCCCCCAGAACCAGGUGGACCUGCUGCUCCAGGAGAUGGCCGACGAGGCGGGCCUCGACCUCAACAUGGAGCUGCCGCAGGGCCAGACCGGCUCGGUGGGCACCAGCGUGGCCUCGGCCGAGCAGGACGAGCUGUCGCAGAGACUGGCCCGCCUGCGCGACCAGGUGUGAGGGCCGCGGGGAGGCCGCGCGGGGAGGCCGGGGCAGAGGCCGCGAGGCCCGCGCGCCUCCGCCGCCGCGCCGCCGCCGCCGCCGUCGCCGCCCAGGCCCUGCCGCCGGGACGACGCUGUUUUAUCGCCGCCGUUUCGCGGAACUGGGGACCUGGUGUCGGUGACCCGGCCGCCCGGGGAAGCUCCGCGCGUUCGCUCGUUUCCACGGAGAAUGGCCGUUUGGGUGGUGGGCGUCGGACAGACAGUGCCUGGAGUGCAGGUGAUGCGAGGACCGACCGAGGGGUGAUUGCUUUGAUUACACAGCUGUAAACACACACGUAGGUAGACAGUGCUGUUUCUGUAGAGCCUUUUUUUUUCUUGUUUAUUUUUGAUUUUUGUCAUGAAAACAAGACUACAGUCGACGAUUUGUUCUCAUAACUUACACUAAAAUUACCUUGGGUUUUAAAUAAUACUCUUGCUGUUUACAUUCUAUAAAUUUUCAUGUGGUAAUGGAGUUUGUGCAACUGGAAAAAAAUGCCACAAAGUUUAACUUAUUAUUGGGAAAAAAUAAAUUUGUUCAUUUAUAUUUUCUAUUUACGAAGAGUUUUUAAAAGCACUUAGGUGCGAUGUUUGACAGUUUCUAGUUAUUUCACAACGUCAACACUUUAAUCAGACUUCUCCGUAAAGUGUGUUAAUUAGCAUGGUAGUCAUUUUACACACCUAACAUUGCCAAAGAACUCUUUGAUUGGUCUGGGAAAACCCUGGGACUGUAUGUUUGUAGGUUUCACUUUUAACAACCAAAAAUUAAAUAAAAUUAGUUCUAAUUAUUUUAAGUUCUAGUUACUUGCAUUUAUUAUUUUGUCUUAAGGUAACAAUUUUAGAAACCUUAAAAAUAUAAGUUGUGAUGUUUUACUUAGCAAUGCAAAUGAUGAGUGUGCAUCCGGCCGGCUAGAAGUCUGGGAAGGAGAAGAGCUAGGAUUGGAAGGAGCCUGGCUGCCAGCGGAGCUGCCAUUUCCCGGAACAGCAGUGUGUUUUCUGGCUGAAAAGCAAAGCAUGCAUUCUCCACUUGGCCAUAGACUCAAAACAGGGAGAAUUGCACCUUAUUUUGGUUGGCAAGUAAAUUAAUCUAAGUUAAGUACUUGUAAGUUUUUAAAAUUCUCCUUCCUUCACUGGAAGAUUUCUCUGUAAGAGAAUUCCAGUGUUUCUGAAAAUGAGCAUAGGGACUUUUCCAAGCUCUUUGAAAAAUUCAUCAAUAACUUGUUUUCUAGUGUGAAUGACUGUUGAAGGAGAAAAGAGGCAUAGGCAGAUGAGGACUGACCCUCAGUAAGUUUUUUGUAAUCUGUUUGACUGGAUGUUGUUCAGCAGUCUGCUGUAAGGGUCACCCGGCGAUGGCACAGCCUCUUCUCUCAGGCCUUCAGCAGGUCAGGUGUCCCCUCAUCACCUGGUUGUGCAGAGGCAGCCCAUGUGAGCACAGCACGUGUCUUAAACCUUCUUCGGACUGGAAAAAUUUAAUCCGAACUCAAAAAAUAGGUUAGUGUUGAAUUCCUUGGUAAAUUGAAGACACUUUUAUAGUGCAGAUAUUCCCAUUAAAAUAUAUUUUGUGAGAUUAAACAAUGCUUGUAUAUGCUUGAACUUUCUUAAAAUGUUCAUUUCAUACUAUAUAAAUGUACAUUUUUAUGAAUCAAAUAUUAUUUUCAAAAGCACUGCAGGCCCAUGAAUUAUUUCCUCACUUUUGGAGUUGAUGCAAUGAUAAGAUGUAAAUUACAGAAAUUUUGUUAAAUAAAUCGUUUUAAACUGCA